AUGACCACUUUAGUUAUCGUUUUGAGUAUUCUCUUAGGUCGGAUUGAUGGAUGGUAUUUAAGAUUGAUGGAUAGGCUUCAGGGGCUUUGUGAGGUUGUGAAAUCUUUGGAUGGGGUUAGAGGGAUUGAUUUUAAUAGGAUUGCAGCUUCUUUUAGAGGUGAAGAGGUUGGAAUUGAUGAACAUUUGAAUGUGGAAGUGAAUCGAAGAAGUAUUAAAAGAUCUAUCAAAGAAUCAAGACUGAAAUCGACCCAAGUGAAUGAUGAUAUGUUAAACCAUUCAUCAAAUUGCACCAUCAAACCUGAAUUACAUUAUCCAGGUUUGAUCAACUCAUCCACCAACACAUGUUUCCUAAAUGCAGUUCUUCAAUCCCUAGCCUCAAUGCCACACCUAACAUCUUACCUAGACAUGAUCCAUUCAUACCAAGAAACGAAAGCUCAAGAACCCCAAACCCCAGUGAUCAAUUCAUUACGAGAGCUUUUAGGGUUAUUAAACACACCUCGAGACUUUCAAAGCGUUCUAAGACCAGUUUGUGUGGCUCAAGCUCUUUUUAAACAUACCAAUCAUCAUAGUUUGUUUAAUUCUGAACAACAAGACGCUCAAGAGUUUUUGAUUAUCAUGAUUGAUGCUAUCGAAUCAGAAGUUCAAUCUUUGAUGGCUUCUAUUAGAUUAGAAUCUUUUAGGUUUUCAUGCGAGAAAGAUCAACAGGAUAUCAGGAAUCAAAUUAGAUUCGUUGGUAGAAGUCCGUUUAGAGCUUUGAUGGUCAAUCGAAUCGCUUGUGAAACUUGUGGUUUGACUUCGGUGUUUAGACAUUCAGUUGCUGAUCAUUUUUCUUUAAAUGUACCUCCUAAACUUACUUGUUCAUUAGAAGAAUGUUUAAUGGAGUAUACAAAAUUAGAAUUACUAGAAGAUUAUAUAUGUAUGAAAUGUUCAUUACUUAAAACGAAAGAAACGAUAUGGAAACGAAUAGAAGAAUGUAAAGAAAAACCCAAUAACAAUAAUCAAAAGAAAAGAUUACAAGCUAUUAAGAAAGAUUACAAGUUGAUUGAAUCGAUGGUUUUGGAUCAUGAUUAUGAAAGUGAAGGGAAUGAAAAACAUAGGAAAGGAUUGGUUGAAAGGAUCGCUAGUUUGACGACUACUAAACAAACUAUGUUUGCAAGACCACCUCAGUCUUUGACAUUUCAUCUUUCUAGAUCAACAGCUUAUACAAGAGGUGUUUCAUUCAAGAAUCAUUGUCAAGUGAAAUACCCAGAAUACCUAAACCUAAACCGGUUCUGUAGCACCUCCAAGUUGAACAAACUAGCUCAUCUACCUAUCUCUUCUUGUAAGGUAUCAUCAAAAGAUCAAGAAGAGAUUCAGGUUUGGUAUCGAUUAGCUUCGGUGGUAGUGCAUUAUGGAUCACAUUCUUUUGGACAUUAUAUUACAUUUAGAAGGAUCGGAAAGGAUUCUUGGCUUAGGGUUUCGGAUGAAAGUGUUUUGAAGAGCGAUUUGGGGGAGGUUUUGAAGGCUAAUCCGUUUUUGAUUAUGUAUGAAAGACUUUGUGAGAAGGAUUUGAUGAGGAUGAAUGGUAGAGAUGAAGAUGAGAAAUUGAAUGAAGGAUGGGAGAUGGAAAUGGAAGGGAAUGGAGAAAGUGAAGGAAGGGAAAGAGAAAGGGAUGGGGUUGAUGAUGACGAUCAUGAUCAUGAAAGGAAUUCAUUGAAGUGUAGAAAACUUCAUUGGUUUGAAAUCUAA